AUGGCAACAAAAGUGCCGAGGAUCAAAUUGGGUAAACAAGGUCUUGAGGUGUCAGCUCAGGGACUAGGUUGCAUGGGCAUGUCCGCUUUCUACGGCCCUCCCAAGCCCGAUGCCGACAUGAUCAAACUCAUCCACCAUGCCGUCGACAGUGGUAUCACCUUCCUUGACACCUCCGACUUAUAUGGGCCCCACACUAACGAAAUCCUUGUCGGAAAGGCUUUGAAAGGAGGGGUGAGAGAGAAAGUGGAAUUGGCGACGAAAUUUGGGUUUAGGGUCACAGACGGGAACAGAGAGAUUUGUGGUGAUCCGGCAUAUGUGCGGGCUGCUUGUGAGGCCAGCUUGAAGCGGCUUGACAUCGAUUGCAUUGACUUGUAUUACCAGCAUCGCAUUGACACUCGAUUGCCCAUUGAAGUCACGGUAAAUUUGCUAUUUUUUGCCUCUUUUUUCUAA